AUUUAAUUGUUAUACACCAAAUUCUGUAUAUGGAAUUGAAACAAAUGAAAGUCAUUGUCCUUCUUUAUUAUUAAAUCAAGAAGAACAAGAAAAUGAAGAAUUACAAUGGCAAACAGCUCUUCAAAAUAAUUUAUAUACUUGUAAUAGGCCUAUUUUACUAGAAGAUCAUCAAUUAUAUAAUAUUCUUUUUGUUCGUGAACAUAUUUCCUAUAAUUCACCAAUUGAAACAAAUUAUUACGCAUGUGAACAUGGUGAUAGAAUUCAACUUUGUUAUUGGUGUGAAACCGAAGAUG